AUGCCUGACAAUACCAGGGGCGUCUUCUCCCUGAUUAUUAUCAACAAGGCCGGUGGACUUAUCUACCAGCGAGAGUUCCAGUCUGGCCUGCGCAACCUCUCGACAAAUGACUACCUCGUCCUAGCUGGCACCUUUCACGGUGUCCACGCAAUCACCCGCUCGAUCACACCGAAAAUCCCCAUCUCCCAACCUGCUCCCUCCCCCGCAACCUCUUCAACGGGAAUCACCGCCCCUGCUGCGUCCGGUUACUCCUACCCAAACCCCGGUGUACCAGUUUCCGGCCUGGAUUACCUCGAGACCGACAAGUUUCGAAUGACUUGUUUUCAGACUCUCACCGGGACGAAGUUCUUGUUGUUCACGGAUCCCUUGACUGGCAGCGUGGACACAAUUAUACAGAAGAUCUACGAGCUCUAUGCGGACUAUGUGAUGAAGAAUCCAUUCUAUCAGAUUGAGAUGCCGGUGCGAUGCGAGGCAUUCGAUCGGCAUCUGGGGGCGUGGCUGAGGGGGGAGGACAUAACCCAAACGGACGAUGGGACCACGCAAAAAGGGGGUAGACAUCAUGACUUUACGAACUAG